AAUAUCUAUAUUGUAUGAUUCGUUCGAAUAUUUAUGUUAUAAGUAACUUUUUAUUUUUUAUUAAAAAAAAAAAUAACGAGAUUUGUUAAAACGAAUAUCACUUUUAUCCAAAGAUUUCUUAAUUAAGUGUUUAAUAAAUAUGUAAUGUAAUAAUAAUGGAAACGUUUCCAAAAUAUCCAACAUUUCCAUUAUUUUCUCAUGUUCUUUGUUUUCAAAUACAUAUAUGUGUAUGUGUGCGUACGAUACACGUAUGUAUAAAUAAGAGCAACACAAAAGACGUGUCUCACCGAGGACAAAAUGAAUUUAUAGUUGUUGUGUACAUUGCUCUUCUUCGUGACAUGCGCGAAUGUGUGAGUAUUACUUACGAUAUACGUAAAUAAUAUAAUACGUUUGUGUGCGAAGCUAUUUGAGAAACGUAAAAAAAAGAUAGGAAUACAGACAGAUUUUCAAAGUAUUAUCAUUACGUUUCGAUCAGUUCGAUUGGAAUAUUGACACACGCCUGAUUUAUGUCAUUUUUGUAAUUUAUAUUACUGUGUCGUUUCUUGUAUAAUUAUUCUUAUACUCUGUGAUAAAAUUUUCAAAAGAAAGAAAAAUAGAAAAAAUAAGAAGAGAGAGAAGACACGACGCGUAAGUACUCGUGGCCGAGUCUUUUUACAAUUGUUUUGCUGCCAUUAUUGAUUAUAUUAGGAAGUUCAAGUAGAUUUGGAUAGUAUAGCAUUAAAAUCUAAUGGAUGCUUUACGAAUCGGAAAAAUCUAUUUGUGCGAUAAUUUAUUUGUAUUGUAAUUGUGUCUCGAUAAAAUGUUCGAGAAGUACGAAAUGAAAGAAUAAUAGCUGAACGAUCGAAGAUCGAUUUUUUAGAUUAAUACAUACUUAUAUAUUAUUAUUAUUAUUAUUAUUAUUAUUAUUAUUAUUAUUAUUAUUAUUAUUAUUAUUAUUAUUAUUAUUGUUGUUGUUGUCAUUCGAUGUUAAUAAAAGAUAAUGGAGAAUUAAUUAUUCGAGUUUCGCGCUUUUUCAAGUAUGCAAACAAAAAACAAAUGUAACGAUGUAGAACGACCAAUGAGAAGAGUUGAAUGAGGUAAUGGAAGGUUAGGUUAAAACAUUUGAAAGUGUUGAACGGUUCUUUAAAGAUUUUUAUGUAUGAAAUAAAUAUAUGUAUUGUGUAAAUGAUAUAAAUAAACAUAAAUAAGAAAGAGAAAGAAAAAGAAACAAAGAAAAACUCGUGGUUUAUUAAGAGUGAAAAGAAGAAACUUACGUGGAAUUCGAUAUUUAUUUAUUAUCGUUGCGACGCUCUCUUUGGCAGUUACACAUCGGCAGAGAAAAGCGACAAGUAAUCGUGUGGUCGUUCAUUUUUCGUUAACAAGAUUAUAUCGUAAGAUAGGUACACCCGAUAUGGAUUUUUUACCAGCUACUUCAUCCUUAUUUUGGAGAACGGUAAGAUUGGAAACGUUUAAAAACUGGCCUUACCAAUCUUCCAAAGAUUCUUGUACUCCAGAACGUAUGGCUUCUGCUGGUUUCUUUUCCAAAGCAACAAAGGAAGAACCAGAUUUAGCAGAAUGUUUUAUUUGUUCUAAGCAGCUUGAUGGCUGGGAAUCUACGGAUGAUCCAUGGAAAGAACAUGAGAAUCAUCAACCAUCGUGUGCCUUUGUAAAACUACAAAAACAAGAUGAAUGCCUAUGGACCGUUUACGAAUUAUUUGAAUUAAUAAAAGCGUAUAAUUUGAAAGAAUGUGAGUGUGAAUUAGAAAAGGCGAAAUCUAAAGUAAAAGACGAAGCAGCUAAGCUUGUAGAAGAAAUACCAUUAUUAUUUAAAAGUAUAAGAAAACAGAAAAGAGGAGGAAGUUAAGUUACAUUGAUGAAGUAUAUGAUAUAUUUUUUAAUAAAAUUUAGAUGAUAUAUUUUCUUUAUAAUAAAAUUUAUUAAUAUUUAUA